CGCAGAAACUUGUUGCAACAAACAGGCGACCACGGGUGCCCCUAGCAGCCAGCGGCGGAGUGGGUGGGCGGGCGAGAGGGAGGGGAAGGCUGGCGGACGCCGCAGCGAACUGGUGGGCAGACCCGGAGUCGCCGCGUAAGCGGGGCCGGCUCAGUGCGGUGCGGCAGGCGCGGCUGUGCGGCAGCGGAAGUCCUUUGUUGCAGCACAGUCCCUGGCAGAGCCAGAGCCUCUCCGCGCAGCCCAGCCCGAGCGCCGCGCGCCACCGCCACUGCAGCUCGCGGCCCCUUCGCCUCCGCCCGUCUUUCCCGCGGCUGAUUUGCCUUAAACUCCCUAAAAUCUCCGCAGCCCUGGUUCCUGCUGUGGCCGGUCUCUAAUUAUAGAAGAUGGCAAAGCCCAGCCACAGCAGCUACGUCCUUCAGCAGCUAAACAACCAAAGAGAAUGGGGUUUUCUCUGUGACUGUUGUAUUGCAAUUGAUGACAUUUACUUUCAAGCACACAAAGCAGUUCUAGCUGCCUGCAGCUCCUAUUUUAGAAUGUUUUUCAUGAACCAUCAGCAUAGUACUGCACAACUGAAUCUCAGCAACAUGAAAAUUAGUGCAGAGUGUUUUGAUCUUAUUUUGCAAUUUAUGUAUUUAGGAAAAAUUAUGACAGCUCCAUCCAGUUUUGAGCAGUUUAAAGUGGCAAUGAACUACCUACAGCUGUACAAUGUUCCUGACUGCUUAGAAGACAUACAGGAUGCAGAUUGUUCUAGUUCAAAAUGUUCAUCUUCUGCUUCCAGCAAACAGAACAGCAAAAUGAUAUUUGGGGUAAGAAUGUAUGAAGAUACUGUGGCUAGAAAUGGCAACGAAGCCAACAGGUGGUGUGCAGAGCCAAGUUCAACGGUAAAUACACCGCAUAAUAGAGAGCCUGAUGAAGAGUCUUUACAAUUAGGUAGUUUUCCUGAACCACUGUUUGAAGUAUGUAAAAAAAGUUCCGUGUCCAAAUUAUCUACUCCAAAAGAACGUGUGUCACGACGCUUUGGACGGAGUUUUACUUGUGAUAGCUGUGGAUUUGGCUUUAGUUGUGAAAAAUUAUUAGAUGAGCAUGUGCUAACCUGUACUAACAGACAUUCAUACCAAAACUCAAGAUCCUACCACAGAAUAGUCGAUAUGAGAGAUGGAAAAGACAGUAACAUCAAAGCUGAAUUUGGUGAAAAGGAUUCUUCUAAAACAUUUUCUGCACAGACGGACAAAUACAGAGGAGACACAAGCCAGGCUGCUGAUGAUUCAACUUCAACCACUGGAAGCAGAAAAAGUAGCACAGUGGAGUCUGAAAUAGCCAAUGAAGAAAAAAGCAGAGCUGCUGAGAGGAAAAGAAUCAUCAUCAAGAUGGAGCCAGAAGAUAUUCCUACAGAUGAACUGAAAGACUUUAACAUUAUUAAAGUUACUGAUAAAGACUGUAAUGAAUCCACUGACAAUGAUGAAUUAGAAGAUGAACCUGAAGAACCGUUUUAUAGAUACUAUGUUGAAGAAGAUGUCAGCAUUAAAAAAAGUGGUAGGAAAACUCUAAAACCUCGUAUGUCAAUAAAUGCUGAUGAAAGAGGUGGUUUAGAAAAUAUGAGGCCCCCUAACAAUAGCAGUCCGGUACAAGAGGAUACUGAAAAUGCAUCUUGUGAGCUGUGUGGCCUCACAAUAACUGAGGAGGACCUGUCAUCUCAUUACUUAGCCAAACACAUUGAAAAUAUCUGUGCAUGUGGUAAAUGUGGACAAAUACUUGUCAAGGGUAGACAGCUUCAGGAACAUGCUCAAAGAUGUGGAGAGCCCCAAGAUCUGACAAUGAACGGGUUAGGAAAUACUGAGGAGAAAAUGGACAUGGAAGAGAAUCCUGAUGAGCAGUCUGAAAUAAGAGAUAUGUUUGUUGAAAUGUUGGAUGAUUUUAGGGACAAUCAUUACCAGAUAAACAGUAUCCAAAAAAAGCAGUUAUUUAAACAUUCGGCCUGUCCUUUUCGAUGUCCUAAUUGUGGCCAGCGUUUUGAAACCGAAAAUCUAGUGGUUGAACAUAUGUCUAGCUGCCUAGAUCAAGAUAUGUUUAAGAGUGCCAUGAUGGAAGAAAAUGAAAGAGAUCACAGACGAAAGCAUUUUUGUAAUCUGUGUGGCAAAGGAUUUUAUCAGCGGUGCCACUUAAGGGAACACUAUACUGUCCAUACUAAGGAAAAACAGUUUGUUUGUCAGACAUGUGGAAAGCAAUUUUUAAGAGAACGUCAGUUGCGACUGCACAAUGAUAUGCACAAAGGCAUGGCCAGGUAUGUCUGUUCCAUUUGUGAUCAAGGAAACUUCAGAAAACAUGACCAUGUACGGCAUAUGAUUUCUCAUUUAUCUGCUGGUGAGACUAUAUGCCAGGUCUGCUUUCAGAUAUUCCCAAAUAAUGAACAGUUGGAGCAGCACAUGGAUGUUCACCUGUAUACAUGUGGAAUAUGUGGAGCAAAAUUUAAUUUGAGGAAAGAUAUGAGAUCACAUUAUAAUGCCAAGCAUUUGAAAAGAACCUAAGUGAUUUUUCUACUGUACUAAUGUUUAGUUGAUAGCAGACAAAACACCAAAGCAAAGGAUAUGAGCUAUUUAGAAAUUGAUUUUAUAAGAUGAAUUGUUCGAAAAAAAUUUCAAGGCCCUUUUACCUU